AUGCCACGCUCCUACUACCGCUACUACGGAUGUGGCGAGGCAGGGCUUGCCCAAAUCCAGGGAGCUUUUGGGAUUCGCGCAAAGGAGCGCCCGCAGCGAGACGGAGCUCACGUGCAGCCCGACACACACACAGCCGCCCUUUACACAAGUUCACCCCUAAAGUUUCCAAGGAAAACGCCUUACGGAGAGACAAGCGAAAGGCCCGAGCCGAGCCGAGCGCUCCAGGUUUCUCCAAGUUUUUUAACCGAGCCCAACCGCUCCCGCAACGGCCCCGCCCGGCCCGACCCCGCGGGCACCCGCGACCCGGCGGCGCUGCGGGCCGGGCGCUGCGGGGACACUCACCGAACGUGCGGGGACACCGGGCACCGAGCGGCUGCGGCGGCCGGUCCCUCACCGAGCGGCUGCGGGGACGCUCAGCUCCCGAGCGGCUGUGGCGGACACUCACUCGCCGUGCGGGGACACUCACCCGCCGUGCGGGGACACUCACCGAGCGGCUGCGGGGCCGCUCCGUGCGGGCUGCGGGCGCUCCCGGUGCAGCCGCCCCGCGCGGUGCCGGGGCCGCCGCUGUCCGCGGCCGCGCUGGUGCUGAAGGGGCCGCCCCGCCCCGCGCCCGCCCCCGCCCGCCCCCGCGGAGCGCAGCGCGGCCGCCAUGGCAACGCCGUGAGGGGGCCGCGCCCGCCGCCCGCCCGCCCGGGCUCGCCGCCGCCGGGAGCCGGGACCGAGACCUGCGAGACACCCGCACACCCGGGAUCCCCGGUACCCCCACACACCCGGUACCCCCGGUACCCCCACAGGGACCCCGGGACCUGCGAGACACCCGCACACCCGGGAUCCCCCGGGACCCCCACACACCCGGGACCCCCGGUACCCCCACUGGGACCCCGAGACCUGCGAGACACCCGCACACCCGGGAUCCUCGGUACCCCCGGUCCCCCCCGUACCCCCACACACCCGGGACCCCCGGUACCCCCACCGGGACCCCGGGACCUCCGAGACCCCCGCACACGCGGGAUCCUCGGUACCCCCGGCACCACUGGCACACCCGGGAUCCCCAGCACACCCGAGAACCCCGCACAGCCGGUAGCCCCGCACACCCCGGAUCCCCGGCACACCGGGUACCCCCAGCACCGCCGGGACCCCCGCACUCCCGGUACCCCUGGUACCCCCGGUACCUCCGGCACCGCCAAGACCCCGGGACCCCCGCACACCCGGGAUUCCCGGCACCACUGGCACACCCGGUAUCCCACGCACUGCUGGAACCGCAGGGACCUCCGCACCCCCGGGAACCCCAGCACGCCCGGUACCUCCAGCAUCCCCGGUACCCGCGGUACCACUGCACCCCUGGACCCCCCGCACACCCGGUACCACCGCACCCCUUGGAUCCCCGGCACCAGUGGCACCCCCAGCACACCCGGUACCCCCCGCACACCCGGUACCCCCGCACAUGCGCACAUCCUGUAUUCCCGGCACACCCGGUACUCCCCGCACACCCGGUACCCCCGCACACCCGGUACCCCCGCACAGCCGGUACCCCCCGCACACCCGCAGCCCCCGUACACCCGGUACCCCCGGCACACCCGCUACCCCCGCACACCCGGUACCCCCCGCACACCUGGUACCCCCGCACACCCGCAGCCCCCGUACACCCGGUAUCCCCGCACACCCGGUACCCCGGCACACCCGCAGUCCCGGCACACCCGGUACCCCCGCACCCCCGCACACCCGGUACCCCCGCACACCCGGUCCCCCGCACACCCGGUACCCCCGCACACCCGGUACCCCCGCACACCCGGUACCCCCCCACACCCGGUACCCCCGCACACCCGGUACCCCCGCACACCCGGUACCCCGGCACACCCGCAGUCCCGGCACACCCGGUACCCCCGCACACCCAGUACCCCCGCACACCCGGUACCCCCGCACACCCGGUACCCCCGCACACCCGGUACCCCCGCACACCCGCAGCCUCGGCUCGGAGGAUCCGCACACCGGCACUGCGGCCGUGCUCUGCCCCGAGGUGACACCGAGGGGACACGGCCACCAUCGCCUCGGCCACCUUCCUGCCACACACUCCCGGUGGAGGGCGUCAAACCGUGGAAGCGUGGAAUCACAGAAUGGUAA